GCCGAGGCGGCGGCCAUGGCCACGGCGGGGGGAUCGGAGGGAUGCGAGCCGGGAUGCGAGCACUACCGGCGGGGCUGCCGGCUGCGGGCACCGUGCUGCGGGAAGCUGUACCCGUGCCGGCUGUGCCACGACGGCGCCGAGCAGCACCAGCUGGACCGGUUCCGAGUGUCCGAGGUGCAGUGCAUCCGCUGCAGCCUCCUGCAGAAGGCCCAGCAGCGCUGCGAGGGCUGUGACAGCCUCUUUGGGGAGUACUACUGUGACAUCUGCCACCUGUUUGACCGUGACAAGAAGCAGUACCACUGCCAGGAGUGCGGCAUCUGCAGGAUUGGCCCCAAGGAGGAUUUCUUCCACUGCUCCAAGUGUAAUUUGUGCCUCAGCCUGAAUCUCCAAGGAAAGCACAAGUGUAUUGAAAAUGUCUCCAGGCAGGACUGUCCAAUAUGUUUGGAGGAUAUUCACACAUCUCGUGUUGGAGCCCAUGUUCUGCCGUGUGGUCACCUUCUUCACAGAACAUGUUAUGAUGAAAUGCUGAAGGAAGGCUACAGGUGUCCUUUGUGCAUGCACUCAGCACUGGACAUGACCAGGUACUGGCGCCAGCUGGACAACGAAGUGGCACAGACUCCCAUGCCAUUGGAGUACCAGAACAUGAUGGUGGAGAUCCUUUGCAAUGACUGCAAUGCCCGCUCCACGGUGCAGUUCCACCUCCUGGGCAUGAAGUGCCAGAGCUGUGAGUCGUACAACACAGCCCAGGACGGGCGGUGCAGGCUGUCCUUGGAGGAGCAGUGACCGGGAUACGCGCGGCGCUCGGCCGGACGGGAACGCCGUGCCGUGGGACAGACUGUUUUGCCAACAAAGCAACCCUUGGCAGCAAGAAUUCCAGUAUUCCGAGCUCAAGGAGUCCUUUACUGCGUCAGGGAAGAGGCAGAUGAGAAGAGGAGCAUGAGGAGAUGUGACCAGCAGCUGAUGCAGCAGCAGGAGGAGUUUUGGGGCGGCUGAAG